AGAAGUUUGCGAGCGGCCCGGUGGUGUCGUUUAUUUUCUUCUUGAAGCCCGGCGCGGUGAACUCGGCCGAGCGCGCUCGCGCUGUUGCCGACCUCGCCGCCGGUGAAGCCGCACAGGUACGCGCCGCCGCUGAACGCGGUGACUUCCCCGUCGCCGGCUUGAUCGGCGCCAUCGCGGCGACGGCGCUCGCUGGAGGCGCCGCGUUGUUGGUGAGUAGUGGCGACGUGCCGGCCACACCGUCGAUUCCGAAGGUCGAGGCGCCGAAGGUUCAACGGGCCGCGCCCUCUAUGCCCUCGAUGCCCAACUUCUUCGCCCAGUCGAAGGAGGCGCCGCCGGUCGCCGACGCGCCACUUCGAGACGUUGCCGCAAUGGAGGCGGUCGAGAAACUUCAAAAUGGCCAGGGCGACGCGCGUGACCUCUACGAAAUGAUGUCUCGCCGAUAA